AUGGCGAUCGUUCUACCGUCGUCGUGCGCGGAAGGUCCGGUCGAUCCGCUCGCGGGAUCUUCCUCGCCGAAGCGCAGAUCGCCCGCUUCGCUCUCACCUCGCCUGUCUUCUCAGCCAAACGCAGACGGCUUCACAGAGGAUCAAGCUAGAGUGCCUCUGCCGGCAACGGGACGCGGCGCUCCUGAAGACGAGGAUCUCCUACGCGGCAUCGGGGAAACGGCGGCAUCAGUGCUCAAGGAUAUGACAUCGUGGGUAUCGGGUCAUUUUCACUCCAGCAUGGUGCCCGCAGUCCGCUCGUCGUCAGCCAUUCAGAAACUCGACGGUUUGCUCUUCCCGCCGGCGGAGACCCACGUCGGAUCCACGGUGAAAGUCCCCUUGACGCGACCGACGCAUCCCCCUGUCGACAUGCCUUCCGCAUCUGCGAGGACUUCGGCGUCUCGUCAGGGAGCUGCUCUCCUCUCCGCCCGCCAGCCUGCUGUCAACGGUACUUCCCACAACGGCAGUGAAACCCAGAGAAGCAGUCGAAGCCUCGUGGACGGCUUUUCGUCGUCGUUUGUCUCGCCCAUGCCUGGCACAGACCAGCACGCGCGCCACCAUCGCCACGGGGGUCUAUCGCAUCCCGCGUCUGCUUCAGCCCGAUCCACUCAAAUCAACUCCCUCUCCUUCGUAGACACGUCCGGCGUCAGCGGAGACUGGUCGUUCAAACCGGAUGGUCUUUUCUCAAGUUUCUUGUCCCUCUUCGACGUGGAAGACGAGGAGGCGUAUCCCCCCGCUCCGCGUGGCUUUCCAGGGCAGCCCCCGUCUUUCGGUUCCUUCCACGCCUCCGCACGACCGGCUGGUGGCGACGCUUUCUCUCAUCGUCUUGCGGUGCCGGGGCGAGUCCCGUCUUCGACAUCUUUGGUCAGAAACACCGGUGGGACGACCGCUCGGUUCAGAGGACCCGCGGCGCCGGCGCCGUAUGGCUUCUUGCCCCUGAACGGCGUGCCGCCUCUGGCGGGCAGAGCGUCGCCGAGACCCGCUGCGCCGGCGGAGUUCUACAACGGCGGCUCGCGAGCUGGAGCCCACGCCUCUUUCCUAGGCGCGCCAGCCGAUCGCGUUGACAGCUCUGACUCGGUCAGAGCUGGCGACGACCUCGAAAGUCCCUUGGUGUCUCCUCGGAGUCUAGAGGAGCCGGCUGACGGCACUGUCAAGCCGCAGACCUGGCUCGACUACUCGGCUGGACGCACAAUGGCCUGCGUCACGCGAUCCCACGUUGAGCUCUCGCUGCUGGUCCUCCACAACGUCGGCAAAGUCGUCUGCAGCACUGUCGUCUCCGGGCAGGCGAGGCUCCGCUGCCCUGGCUUCAAUAUGUUGAACCUGCGCAUCCCGCUGUACGACCUGCAGAAUCAAGUCAUCUCGGUAGCUUUUGCCGUGCGUAUGAGCCACUCGCACGCCAAAGUCCUCCAGAUGCUGGAUCGGGGAGAGUACCCGCGAAGUUUCCGCGCACCUCACAGCAGCCACGCACUCGCCAGCGAUAGUGCCCACGGCGGCCAGAAACUGCGAUAUCUGAAGCAACUCGACUGGCAUCGCCGCACGGAUGAGGACCGGAAAAGGGACACGCGCGUCGUUCACUUUCGGGUCGACAUCCCAGUUUCUGCCGCAAUUAGUGAAGGACCCGUUUGGGUUUGCUUGACUGAAGACCGCCCUGUUGUCGGCGUCACUACAGAGGAACUUUUUUCUAGGUUGAGCGACAAGGCAGAAAACAAGAUUUUCCAGCCGCGCUUGCAAUUUUCAAUCCGGAAAAACUUAACCGGAAUCAUCUCUGUGCCCAUCGAACCCCAGGGCACUCGCCAGGAGCACGUCUACGUAGGCCAGUACGACGAUCCGAUCGACAUUGCAGUCGCCAAUGGUCUGGCUGGACAGAGUCAACUGCUUAGCCGCAAGCAAAAUAUUACACGCCUGUCGCACGGGAAAUACGACAUCGACGGAUAUCGAUGCAGCAUCUUUUUGCGGCCUCGCCGUUUCUUUGCUGGAGUGGGUCCCGACGCGACGAGCUUGGAGACGACGACGGAUGACGAGGGAGAGGAGGCCGAUGGAGCCAGUGGGGACAAGAUACUCAUUGUCGAUGAAGGCGGCGCUCAGCAGCCCUUGCUUGAUUACCUCAAAGGGUCCCUGGCCAACAUUAUUUGGGAAGAACAGAAAUGCCUGUCUGCCAUCGAACUGGUCGACUCCCAUCUCCUCCCGUCGUUCGAAGAUACAUCGAUUCCCUGGGAAGCCAAGGUUGAUCGGCGGGUGGCAAUGGCGCUCGCUUGUCAUCGAGCGGCGAUACGGGAACAAGUCGCUGCUGAACUUCUGCGUGUCCAAGGAAGAGAGCCCCCUUCGCUGCUUUACGAGAAGCAUGCGAAUCCAGUAUCACUGAGGCUAGCUCCCCACACGCCCCCUGUUCGAGUUACCUACACGUGGGGCGACGAGUAUUCGGACAUCCAGCUAGUGGUCAUGGAAGACAGGCUUGUGCCGCCGACGACCACAGACUGCUCUCGUGGAGUGACAACCACCCAGGAAGCAGGCUUCUCGAUUAAUUGA